AUGAAGCUUAAAUUGUUUGGUACAUUUCUUGUAUUAAGCUUGUCAAAAUUUAGAGCGGUUCAUACAGACUCCAAUGAUACUGAAGCGAGAUCAUUUGUAAAUUGUGAUAACAAUUGUAACGACGAUGCAGAUCCCUGGAACUGCAUUCGGAUUUGUUGCCCUCGUAAGAAUAUGGUGGCCAAUGGCGGUUGUAGUUUUGAGGAGCAACUCUUCCGAACAAAACUUUGUUUAAACAUAAAACUCGAUGACAAUUCGACAGAGACCCUAUAUUUUAACAAUCAAACCCUGUUUACUACACCGUUUUGGGAUUUAGAUGAAAUGAUUGGUCUGAGCAGAGAUGAGUACACGUUGUACAAGAACGGAUCCAUAUAUAUUCACUCCGACAAGAGGCUCAAGACCAAAGAGGAAUACUGUUUUUAUCCCCAUCAGAUUUACUCGGACUUCCCAGAAACCAUAUGGAUUGUUUUACACGAGUGGUCAUCGAUAGCGAUACCAGGAGCUUAUGAGCUCACAUCAGUAUCUCUUAUAUGCUAUAUCUUAACAAUCGGCAUUUACCUUUUCGUAAAAGAACUACGAAAUGUCUUUGGAAUGUGCCUGGUGAGUUGCAUAUUCAGCAUAUUUCUUGCAUACCUGAUCUGGCUUAUAGAUGAAUUAAGACUGAUAGAUGACUUUUGCUCAGUGGCAGGUUAUAUCUCGUACUUCUUUGAUUUUGCCACUUAUCUUUGGCUCUCUGUAAAUAGCUUUUGUUUAUGGAAGAAAAUCACUUCGGUCGAUCGCCAAGAACAUCGCCAUCAGUUUCUGUUUUACAGUAUCUUUGUCUGGGGUAUAUCUGCUAUUCCACUAAGUAUAACCUUAUUGAUGAAUCAACUUUGGGAAGAGGAUCUCCAAAAAUGGAACUGGUUGCCUUUAGUUGGCUUCAGUAGAUGCUCGGUGGAGGUUAAUAAGUUAGCUUCCUGGGUUUAUUAUCUUGGACCCUUUACGAUCCUUAGUGCCAUGAAUAUUAUUAUGUUUGCUCUGACUAUCAACCACAUUAAAAAAACGAAAAGAGAAAUCAAUAAGUUAACAAUACGACCAGAUCGGACCCCAGCUUGCCUUACCGUCGAUUUUCAAAAGAUCCUAUCAUAUCUACGGAUCUUCGCAAUUAUGGGCGGAUCGUGGAUAUUAUUCCUCGUUUCGGUUAUAGAAUUGAAUAGCAACCUUUGGAAUAUUUUCGUUAUACUAAUCCGAGGGCUCCAUUGUGGGUUUGGUAUCUUAAUAUGUGUGCUGCUUAUUUUUAAGCGCAGCACAUAUCGCCUGCUCAUUAAUAAGAAAGUUAUCCCCAAAUCUAUAUUAUCUUAUUUUACCCGUUACUCGUAG